AUGAAGCUGACUCGGAAGAUGGUCCUGUCCCGGGCCAAGGCCUCGGAGCUGCACAGUGUGCGGAAGCUCAACUGCUGGGGCAGCCGCCUCACAGAUGUCUCCAUCUGCCGGGAGAUGCCCAGCCUGGAGGUGAUCACCCUCAGCGUCAACAGCGUCUCCACCCUGGAGCCCGUGAGCCGGUGCCAGCAGCUGAGCGAGCUCUACCUGCGGAAGAACUGCAUCCCCAGCCUGGCAGAGCUCUUCUACCUGAAGGGCCUGCCGCGCCUGCGCGUGCUCUGGCUGGCAGAGAACCCGUGCUGCGGCACCGACCCCCACCUCUACCGCAUGACCGUCCUGCGCAACCUGCCCCGCCUGCAGAAGCUGGACAACCAGGCCGUGACCGAGGAGGAGCUGUCCCGUGCACUGAUGGAGGGGGAGGAGGUCACAGCCCCCAGCGGACAGGGCACGGGGAAUGGCGGGCCUGCGCUGUCCUACACCCUGAGCGCCAUGGACACCACUGCUGAGACCCGGCAGGACACGCUGGGCUGUGGCCAGGAGGAGACGAGCAUCCAGAGCCAGCUUAGCCUGAAGCCGCCUUCCCGGGACCGGUUUCCUUCCUUCUCACAGAGGGACACCGUGAGCAGUCGCAAGAACAGGAACAAUGUGCUGACCGCCGUCCUGCUGCUCCUGAGGGAGCUGGACACCGAGGGGCUGGAGGCCGUGCACCAGACCGUGGCCAGUCGGCUCCAGGCCCUGCGCAAGCAGGACCUGCAGGAGGAUGUGGAGUGA